AGAGAAAUGAUGAAAUGGUGGGGACAAUAUGUAGAAUCCCAAGGCGAUAUGGUAUCCGCUUUAAAGAUAUACUCAAACGCAGGUGAUAUUUACUCACAAGUCCGAGUUCUGUGUUUCUUAGGAAAGGAAUCCAUUGCAGCUGAUCUAGCAAGGAGUAACACAGAUAAAGCUGCGUUCUAUCACAUGGCUCGAUAUUACGAGACCGUGGGAAACUUCGAAGAAGCCAUCAACAUGUUUACGAAAGCCACAGCAUAUUGCAACGCAGUCAGAUUGUGCAAAGAAAAUAACAUGGUGGAAGAAUUAUGGAAUCUUAGCAUCGUAGUUUCUGGUAAAGACAAAAUCCAGAUUGCUAAAUAUUUCGAAGAACAAGGCGAUUUGGAAAAGUCUGCUAUAUUGUAUCAUCGAGGUGGAAUGUUGCAUAAAGCUAUUGAUUUGGCAUUUAAAACUCAACAGUACGAUAUUCUUCAGGAGAUAGCAUCAGAAUUAAAUGCCACUUCGGAUCCUGCUUUGGUACAAAGCUGUGCUGAAUAUUUUAUUGAUAACGAACAAUUUGAUAAAGCAGUGGAUCUAUUAGCAAUUGUUAAAAAGUAUACAGAAGCAAUCGACUUAUGUGUAAAACAUAAUGUUCAAUUAACCGAAGAUUUAGCAGAAAAAUUGACGCCUUCUAAUGAAUUAGUAGAUGAAGAAACUAGAGUGAGAGUUUUGGAAUCUUUAGCUGAAAGUUUGAUGGUCCAGGGAGAUUACCAUUUGGCUACGAAGAAAUUCACUCAAGCUGGAGAUAAAAUUCGCGCUAUGAAGGCCUUAUUGAAAUCUGGAGAUACCGAAAAGAUUACAUUCUUUGCUAGUGUUUCAAGACAGAGAGAAAUUUACAUUAUGGCUGCCAAUUAUCUACAAUCAGCAGAUUGGCAAAAUCAUCCAGAAGUUCUUCGAAAUAUAAUUACGUUUUAUUCAAAAGCAAAAGCGUUGGAUUUAUUAGCAAAUUUCUACGUGGCUUGUGCUCAGGUGGAAAUUGAUGAAUUUCAAAAUUACGAAAAAGGUUUCGGCGCUCUUACCGAAGCUUCGAGAUGUUUACAAAAAAUUACCGAACCACGAGAUCCAAAACAAAUACAAAGGGCAUCGGAAAUCGUACAACAAAGAUUAUCUUUGGUCAAACGGUUCGUGGAUAUUAGAAAACUCUUUGAGAGAGGCGAUGGUCAAACAGCUAUAACACAGUCUCAACAGCUUCUCAUGACCAACGGCAACGACUUAGAGGUAGCAGUACGUCGAGGUGAUAUUUAUUCGAUAAUGAUUCAGUAUCAAGUGAAAACAAAAAACUUUUCCGAAGCCAAGCAAUUAUUUUUGGAACUGAGACAAGUUUUGGAACGAAGUAAUAAUACUCCAAUUACGUAUUAUCUUAGUAAAGAAGUUAUUCAAGCCUUAGCAGAUGGUCUCGGAGUGCCUAUCAAUCAUCUUGUUCCCAAGUCAUCGAAAGUACCAGUGAGUGAACAAGAUAACGAAGAAGAUGUAGAAGAAGUUGCUGAAGAAUAUGCGAGAUAAAUGUAAUAAUUUUAGUUAUUCUAUAAUUAAAUUGAAUCUAAG